ACGUAGAGACGUAGAGACGUAUACAAUAUGACGUGUUUACAUUUAUAUUUAUAUUUCUGGGCUUUUUUCCGCGAUUCAAUUUUAUAUAAUACCUAUAUCGUACAUCCACAGAAUAAUAUGAUUAUGAUCAUUAACUAUAAAUACUAAUUUUUUUCAAUAAAAUCAAAUAAAUAACCUAAAGUAUAAGUAUUUUUUUUCCAAAAUUAUUGUUAUCUUUUUGUUAAGUUUUUUCUCUCAUAAUUGUAUUAAAGACAGUUUCCAUUUCAAAUUUUCCUUUUCAUAAAUGAUUGGUACUAUUUUUAUAGCAUUAUAGCAUAGAGUACCAUUAAAAAAAAAAAGCAUUGGUAUUAGUUUUUACAUACAGCCAUACAGACUGUUACAACUUGCAAUGAACAUAUUAUACUUAGCGAAGGCUUCGAAGUCGCUCUGUUCCAUCAAUACAACGGCAAUGAGUUUCAACAGAUUCAAAAACGAUGGUUUGGGUAAUUUGGGUAGUGGCGCUGGCAAAGGCGGUGGUGGUGGAGGUUCCAUCCGAGAAGCUGGUGGUGCUAUGGGUGAACGUGAAGCUGCUAAUGAAGAAGAAUAUUUUUACAUACAGCAACGACAACAAGUAGAUAAAAUCAAAAAGGAUAUUGAAUUACGAAAAGCGGAGAUAGAGAAAAACAUUGAUGAAAUCAAUAAGGCUAAAGCUCAAUUGAACAAGAUAACAGAUAAACAGUAAACUAUUCACUAACCUAUUUUUUAUUCCUAUUAAUAUAAUUAUCAAACUAGAAUUAAGAACAUUAACAAAAAUAUUUUUUCUCAAUAAUACUAUUUUCUUAUUGGUACAUACAAAUAUAAACUUUUGUAUUUUUAUUUAUGCUUGUCUGAUAUAUACUCUUUAUUUUUAUAUUCAAAAUAUACAUAUAAAAUGAAAACCCCCAAAAAGAAUUCCAGGAAUACAAUAUUCCCAUACAGGAUUUUUCAUUGAAAGUGACGGGAUAAUAAUUGUAACAUUAUUUUUUACUAUAAAUAUGUAUAUUUGAAAAAUUAAAUUAAUAUAAAUAAAAUUAAUCUUAAUCAAGUAUUACUGAAUCAUUAUUUAAUGAAAAUUAUAAAACCAAGCUAUAUUUAAUUGUAAAAAUAAACAUUGACUAACAUUUUAUAUUAUCAUUUUCAGACAUUGACAAAGUUGAUAAUAUUUUGAUUAGUAUCACAAUAUGUAUGAUACUAUAAAAAAAAUAUAAAAUUUAGUUUGACACUCCUAUUAUUUUGGUUUGUUGCUCAUUAAAAAACUGCUUUUUGAUAUAAUUUUUAUAUUAUUGAAUUGAGUAUUGUGUAUAUUAUAAUAUCAUAAUAUAUUGAAAUCCUGAGCAGGGGCGGAUCUAGAGUUAGGAAACUGUGGGUCAGGACAUUUCAAGGGGCCACUUAUUAAAACUAGAUUAGAAAUCUAUACUUGUGUACUAGGUAUAUAACACAAAAAAAAAUUAUACUGUAUGUGUGUUUAUUCGAGGGUCCAAGUGUCCAACUACCCAAGAUCUGAAAAGAGGCCAAUUUGAGCAGCAAAUAUUAACUGUGGGUCAACUGACCUUCUGACCCCCCCUUAGAUACGCCCCUGAUCCUGAGUCAAUUUAAUGUUUGAUUUAUUGAAAAAGUUUUUCUCAGGAAUUUCUUUUUCUGUAGUCUCGUGGGUGAAGGGAAGAUUUUUUGCUUGGGAAUAUUUUUAUUCAGAUUAGGUACAGUCUGUAACUUUUUUCCUGACAAAGAAUAAUGUGUAAUUUGUUUGUGUAUACAAUGAACAGGUUAGUUUGUUUGCCAAGUGUGACAUAAUCAUAUUAUUAUUUAAUAAUUGUGCAAUUAAGACUGGAAUUUUUAAGUUUAAUAAAGAACAUAUUUUUAAACAUCUUCA